GAACUUGUUGAAGAGCUGUCACCCGACUUACAGUAUGUAUCGAACCACAACGCAGCAUUGACACCAGCGUUACAGCUGUUAAUAGCGCUACGUUUUUAUGCAAAUGGUGCGUUUCAAAACACUGUUGGAGAUAUGAUUAAUGUCCACAAAUCCACCGCAUGCCGGGCAAUCCGCAGAGUGUCACUGGCACUGAGCCGUCGCCUUCCGCGAUCUGCUCACCUCCCCACUGAGGCCGAGUCUGCGGUGAUGAAACACCGAUUCCGCCGGGCCUCUGGCAUUCCUGGUAUUGUGGGCUGCAUCGAUGGGACUCACGUCCGGAUCCAGGCACCAUCUGAUCAUGAGUAUCUGUAUGUCAACCGCAAGGGAUACCAUUCAAUCAAUGUGCAGAUUGCUUGUGACGCCAAUUAUAAAAUCUUUAAUUUGGUGGCGAGAUGGCCUGGAUCUACCCAUGACGCACGCAUCCUCCGGGAGAGUGCGUUAUACCAGGAUUUUGAGGCUGGAAGAGUAAACGGGCUGCUUCUCGGCGACAGUGGAUACCCACUGAAACACUGGCUGAUGACGCCUAUAAUUGCUCCGAGGACUGAGCAAGAACGACGGUAUAACACCAUCCACACCACCACUAGGUCACUCGUUGAGCGGUGCAUCGGAGUCCUCAAGCGCAGGUUUCAUUGUCUUCAUGGAGAGAUGCGGAUGCACCCUGAGCGAGUCUGCACCGUAAUAGCAGCGUGCACUGUCCUCCACAACAUCUGUGUCACCAAGAGGAUCCCUCUUCCCAGGCAACACCAUCAGCCGGUGCCGGAGGAAGGUGUCGACCCUGUGGACCAUGCAGGGCAUGACGAUGUCGGUGGACGACUAGUCCGUACACGCAUUAUUAAUGCUUUAUAAAUGUUACAAAUAAUUCUGCCAAUUAUCUGCAGGUUGUAAACCAUAAUAAGCCACAAAGAAAGUCCAGUUGGUCUAUAAUAAACUUUUUUUUUUUUAUUUGUCAUUGAUUCAUUGUACACAAUUUGCCAUUAGGCUUAUUUACAGAAUUACAAAAGACCGCCCAUCCUCUUCAGAAAUAGGCGAAGAUGACCUGUUUAUCUGUUGUUGGAGCAACUGUAUUUCUAACAAUAUCUUUUGUUUUU